UCCCGAGACAUCGGCCUAUAGCAAGUCGGGAGGCGAACAUGGAAAGGCGGACACACCAAAACAUCCUUCAUUCGACACUCGCAGUCGAAAUCGAGUCAUCUACAGACCCAUUAUCCUUCUUAACAAUGAAGACUGUGCUUUUCACGCUCCUCUCGUUCAUCAUCGCAGCUAGCAGUGUGGUUGCAACCCCCAUUUACGGAGAGAAUAAUGAAGUAGCCAAGCGCGAUGCCAACUUCGAGAUUACGCGCCGAGAGGCUGAAAACUCCGCACGCGAUAGCACUGUCGAUGACUUCUUUGGAAACUAUGCUCGAUGGGAGAAACGCGAUAGCACUGUCGAUGACUUCUUCGGAAACUAUGCUCGAUGGGAGGAACGCAGCGAAUGAGCGAGAGUAGAAAGCCUUCGCCUCAUGAACAGCACAGAGUCUGAGUCGCAGCUGUGAUGAAAUGAGUUAGCCACAGACACCCAAAUUCAUUUGUAUAUGUACUGUUGCCCCGUUUACCGCGAUGUUCAAGUUGUUGUCCUGCGAGAGUCGACCAAAGCGGGCCGCCUACUGUAGUUCGAUAUCUACG